ACACCAUUAUGUCCAUGGCAGCAUGUAUAUUUUUAUUCCCUUCCCCAGUCAGCGUUCACAGAAGCAUCGGGGAGAGGGGGAGAGAGAGAGAAUUCUGAGACCAGAAGCUUCGUUCUUGUCUUCUCCUUCCUCUGCCUCACCGCGUCGUCGGCAAUGGAGCAUCAGAGUCCCGUCCGCCGUUGCCAAGGUGUUUGUGCGACCUUCCUCCUUCCUUCCUUGUUCUGCACCUCUAUUUUACAGAGAGCUCCAGAAACCACCGAGAAAAUGAGAGAACUUUGGCCUUCCUCCACCUACUUCUUCUAUCAUAAGCGUCGCCGGCGAGGGUGUCAUCAUCCUUCAUGUCUCUGUUCGACGUCCCCUGUCGGUGUAUGUGUCGGAGGUUGUGUGAGGAGCUUGGUCGUUGGAGAAGCUUGUGGUGCUGCUGUUAUAUGUUACCGUCAGCCUCUCAUUUGCCUUCCUCGUUGCAGCUAUGUCGGAAUCCCCUCCUCCCCUGUUCAAUGUUGUGCGAUCCUCUUUCUCUCCUUGCUUUUUCUGCUGCUGAUUGAAGGUGAGGAGUUCGAACUCCCUUCUCUUUGUUGGUCCUGUUGGUGUGUUUAAAUUUCAGAGAUUGUGGUUUUCUACAUGCUUUGCUGCUGGAUGUUCGAACAUUGACAAAGGGGUUUAGGCAAGUUGGAACUUUCAGAUUUUUAGAGUUAGGUGCAGUAUGGAUUUAAAUUUUAUUUGAGUUUAUUUUUAAAUUUAGUUGAAAGGAUGAAAUUUAGGAAAAUUGAUUAAUUUAAAUAUUGAAAUUGAGAAAUUUUGGGAAAGGACAUUGAGGAAGAAGAGGCUUGAUAUUUGUUUGAAUUUAGAUGCAUAUGAGAUAGUUGAUAAAAUGCUUGAGAGGAAGUUGGGAUGAGGAAUAGAUAUUUUGAAGAGAAUAUUUUCAUUAAUAAUUCAAGUACUAAUUUCUAUUUAUGUAUUGAUCUUUGAAAUAUCUAUUAAAUAUUAUUUUGACAUUUGAUUUUGAGAUGCACCUAAGGUGCUUGGUAAGAUGGGUGCCAAAAGUAUAUUGAAAUUUUUGUGAGAUCAAGAAUGAUGUAAAUUUAUAUAAGGUUGGCUCAGAGAGAGAGAGAGAGAGAGAGAGAGAGAGAGAGAGAGAGAGAGAGAGAGAGAGAGAGAGAGAGAGAGAGAGAGAGAGAGAGAGAGAGAGAGAGAGAGAGAGAGAGAGAGAGAGAGAGAGAGAGAGAGAGAGAGAGCGAGAGAGAGAGA